AUGGCUUCGGCGUCUGAUUCUGCGUCUGCCACCGGCCAUGCUGCUCGCGUGUCACAGGAGCAGCAUGUCACUGCCGCUCAGGGGCACCACAACCACAAUCCGGAGAAGCAGCCGGACGGCCCGGAAGACAAUGUCGCCAGGCAGAUGAGAGACCUCAUCCAAGAUGCCAAGCAGGCUACCGAAAAGGAGCACAGGAUGACCCUUUGGCAGGGCAUCCGGCUGUAUCCAAAGGCUAUUGGCUGGAGUGUCCUGAUCUCAACCUGCAUCUGCAUGGAAGGCUAUGAUGUUUCCCUAGUCAACAACUUUUACGCCUUUGAUCAGUUCAAUCGCAAGUAUGGUGAACAGCUGCCCGACGGCACUUGGCAGGUCCCAGCCCGAUGGCAGGCAGGUCUCAGCAAUGGUGCCACCGUGGGUGAGAUUAUCGGCCUUUUGAUCAACGGCUGGGUCUCGGAGCGCUUCGGCUACCGGUAUACUGUCAUGGCUUGUCUAGUACUCAUCAUCGCCUUUACUGCAAUCUUUUUCACGGCACAGACGGUUGUCACGCUGCAGAUUGCCGAGAUUCUUUGCGGUAUUCCAUGGGGUGUCUUCCAGACCCUUACUAUCACCUAUGCCUCCGAGGUCUGCCCUGUCGCGCUACGCGGUUAUUUGACCACUUAUAUCAACUUUUGCUGGGGCAUUGGCCAGGAGAUUGGUAUUGGUGUCAUUAUGGGCAACAUGUGGAGGACCGACGAAUGGGCUUAUCGCAUUCCAUAUGCAUUGCAGUGGAUGUGGCCGGUCCCGCUCCUGGUUGGAAUCUACAUGGCCCCCGAAAGUCCCUGGUGGCUUGUCCGCAGGGAGAGGCUUGAUGAGGCAAAGCAGGCUCUGCUGAGAUUGACGUCGAUGGAAAAGGAGACUGAAUUCGACGCCGAUGAGACUAUCGCCAUGAUGGUGCACACCACUGCUCUCGAGCAAAAGAUCACCAAAGGCGCUAGCUACCUCGACUGCUUUAGAGGAACUGACCUUCGACGGACAGAGAUUGUCUGCAUGGUUUGGGCCAUUCAAAAUCUGAGCGGCAACUCAUUCUCCAACUACUCCACAUACUUCCUGGAACAGGCCGGUCUUGAUUCAUCCAAAGCCUACGCCUUUGCCCUGGGUCAAUAUGCCAUCAAUUGCGUGGGCGUCUUCGGUGCUUGGGGUCUCAUGAAACUGGGAGUUGGCCGAAGGUCUUUGUACCUCUGGGGACUUGUUCUUCUAUUCUUCAUGCUGCUGAUUCUGGGUUUCCUCGGCAUGGUGCCAGAUCGCACCACCGCCUCGUUGGCAACUGGAUGCAUCAUGCUAGUAUGGGCUUUGUGCUAUCAGCUCACUGUUGGUACCGUCUGUUACUCCUUGGUGUCAGAGAUCUCCACACGUCGACUGCAGAUCAAGACGGUUGUUCUCGGCCGCGUUCUCUACAACAUUGUCGCUAUUGUCUGUGGAGUUCUCACCCCUUACAUGUUGAACCCUGGUGCCUGGGACUGGGGCAAUUAUACAGGAUUCUUCUGGGCUGGAAUUUGCGGACUUUGUAUCAUCUAUACAUACUUCCGGGUUCCUGAGCCGUCUGGCCGAACCUUUGCAGAGCUCGACCUGCUCUUUGAGAAGCGCAUCAAGGCUAGGAAGUUUGCGACGACCCAAGUCAACGUUUUCGAGCAGGACUUGGAUGCCAAGUUGGCUGAGCAGUAUAGAGACCAGAUUGCGAUCGCACACUUGGAGCACGAUCUCAAACUGCAUUAG